AUGUGGAGAAGAUCUGCGGUCUCUUGUUUCUCCUCGAGGAUCUCUGUCUCUUCUUCUUCUUCUUCUUCUUAUUCGUUGCCGAACCCUAGACUGAUUCCCUGGUCCCGCGAGCUAUGUGCCGUUAACACUUUCUCCCAGCCUCCGCUACCGUCGGAAUCAACUCCUAAGCUAGCGAUUUCUGGGGACAGAUCCGAUGCCAAUCGAGUAUUUGCCUCAGGCACUGUCGCCGCCACAGGUACCGCCGGUGAGAUUUCGUCUAGAGUUGCGGCUGCGGCUGGACUAGGUCACCACUACGCUCGCUGUUAUUGGGAGCUUUCUAAAGCUCGACUCAGCAUGCUCGUAGUUGCGACUUCUGGCACUGGAUACAUUCUGGGUACAGGAAAUGCUGCAAUUGACUUGGCGGGGCUUUGUUACACUUGUGCUGGCACCAUGAUGAUUGCUGCUUCUGCUAAUUCCUUGAAUCAGAUUUUCGAGAUAAGCAACGAUUCCAAGAUGAAGAGGACGAUGCAAAGGCCACUACCUUCAGGACGAAUCAGUGUUCCACAUGCUGUUGCUUGGGCAACUAUUGCGGGUACUUCUGGUGCUUGUUUGUUGGCUAGCAAGACUAAUAUGAUGGCUGCUGGACUUGCAUCUGCCAAUCUCGUCCUGUACGCGUUUGUUUACACUCCGUUGAAGCAAAUUCACCCUAUCAACACUUGGGUUGGUGCUGUUGUUGGUGCUAUCCCACCUUUGCUUGGGUGGGCUGCAGCUUCUGGUCAGAUCUCAUUCAAUUCGAUGAUACUUCCAGCUGCUCUUUAUUUCUGGCAGAUCCCUCAUUUCAUGGCACUUGCAUACCUCUGCCGCAAUGAUUAUGCAGCUGGAGGUUACAAGAUGCUGUCGCUCUUUGAUCCGUCAGGGAAGAGAAUAGCAGCAGUUGCUCUUAGGAACUGUUUUUACAUGGUCCCUCUCGGUUUCAUCGCCUAUGACUGGGGACUAACAUCGAGCUGGUUUUGCGUCGAAUCAACACUUCUCACACUAGCAAUCGCCGCCACAGCGUUUUCGUUCUACCGACACCGGACCAUGGAAAAAGCAAGGAAGAUGUUCCAUGCCAGUCUUCUCUUCCUACCUGUUUUCAUGUCUGGUCUGCUUCUGCACCGUGUCUCAAAUGAUAACCAGCAACCAAUCCUAGAAGUAGCCGGUUUAUCAAAUCCUGCAACGGGUGAAGUAAAAACUCAGAGGCGAAAGAAACGUGCUGCUCAACCUCCUGUGGCUUAUGCUUCUGCUGCACCAUUUCCUUUUCUCCCGGCUCCUUCCUUUUAUUCUCCAUAA